AUGAAAAGAUCAACGCAAAGGACUGAAGACGAGACAGAGCGUGUCCGUCGUCAGCUUGCGGAGUUGGAGCUACGAAGUCGCGAUAAUGGCGAUAAUGAGCCCGAGACGAGAGUUUUCCGAAUACGAUUUAUGGAUGAGGAGGACUUUAAGGCUGCAGUCAAGAUGAUCAUGGCAUUGCUCAUCUACUUGCUCGGUGGCGAGGCCAAGUGUGGAGGGUUACAGAAUGUGUUUGAGCAACAUCCUAUCCAGGAUCCAGAUGAGGAAGUACUCUGA